CAGCAAGACCGCCGCAAUGCUCAAAUCUCACCUUAUUUAUUCCUAUACUAUUGUAAGAAUCGCUUCCGAAAUCGUCAUAUUCCACGGGAAGCCGAAGAAUUGACCGGCAAACAGCUGAUUGACUACGUGAAUAGAAAGCAGAAAUUGUGGAAAGCCAAGAAGCAUCGUCGUUUCGUCCACUAUCCAGAUCGUACAAAGUGGGGUCUGAUGGGCGUGAACCAUGUUCAUCUAAGUGUGAAGGCAAAACAACAUUUGUCCAGCACUAAAGAUCUCGAUAUCGAUAUUCCGGAGACGUUUGAUGCUCGUCAACAUUGGUCAAACUGUCAAUCGAUAAAGAAUAUUCGCGAUCAAUCAAGUUGUGGAUCAUGUUGGGCAUUCGGAGCUGUGGAAGCAAUGUCCGAUCGCAUAUGCAUUGCAUCGAAUGAAAAGAUACAGGUCACGCUUUCUGCCGACGAUCUUCUCAGUUGCUGCAGAACCUGUGGUUUUGGAUGUGAAGGCGGUGAUCCAAUGUUAGCAUGGCAGUACUGGGUGGAUCACGGUAUAGUUACUGGAUCGAAUUUCACGGUAAAUCAAGGAUGUAAGCCCUAUCCAUUUCCGCCAUGUGAACAUCAUUCGAAUAAAACUCGCUUUGAUCCAUGUCGACAUGAUCUUUACCCAACACCGAAAUGCUCUAAGAAAUGCGUACCAUCCUAUAAAGAGAAGAACUACGAUGAUGACAAAUUCUACGGCCGAACUGCUUAUGGAGUUAAAAAUGACGUCGUUGCAAUUCAAAAAGAAGUUUUAACUCACGGACCAGUUGAAGUGGCUUUUGAAGUGUACGAAGAUUUUCUUCAUUACGCUGGAGGAAUUUAUGUGCAUACUGGUGGAAAACUUGGAGGAGGACAUGCAGUGAAACUGAUUGGAUGGGGAAUUGAUCAAGGAACACCGUAUUGGCUAAUUGCGAAUAGCUGGAACACGGAUUGGGGAGAAGAUGGAUUUUUCCGUAUCCUACGAGGUGUCGAUGAGUGUGGCAUCGAAUCCGGUGUUGUGGGUGGUGUACCGAAGUUAACCAAUAUUCAGCGCAGGUGCAACUUAAUUACCAAUAUUUUACAUAAUUCAGUAAUUUUGAACAGUCGGUUAUUUUAUUGUUACAGGGGUUAUAUCGAAAAUUAUGCAUGGGAAGACGACGACUUUUGA